AUGUCAACGUCUUGGUUCUCACCAUCCCUAUUCGGGGAUACUAGUCCUGACUUCUUCGAUUUGGAUGAGCCCGGUCAUCAGAUCUUAGUUAUGAUAGAGCUAGCGCGGUUUGCAGAUAUGUGUAAUGUAACGGGAAUGAAAGCUUCAAUCGCUCAAGUUUUUGAUCAACAACCCAAUCCUGAAUCCAACGAGAUUAGACCAACUACCAAUGCCUACUCUCUCAUAUCUCAGCACAUAAUUUCAGCGACUUUUCUGCCUCAAGCCCACGCAAUCCGCCAUAUUUUAGUUGCCGCAAUAGUGAGAGGAUACCUUCUAUGCGAAAACCACGGAUUUUCCAAGGAGACUAGAAAAUUUCCCACCUUUAGGGUUGACCUACUCCAAGAAGUAGGAUUAUCUCUAAAAGGACUGAAGAUUGGUCAGUCUGGAGCCACUUAUGAGGAUCCUCUCAACGGUGAUGAAUGUAAAAUAUAUCGAUUUUAUUCUUCUUGA